AUGGAAUCAAUCCUAUCUGCACAUGAAAUCGGCGAGGGGCUUCCUGUUCUGAUCAUUCAUGGAUGGGAAAUGGACGGAAGAGUCGAGGCGCUGGACUUUGAACCGAUCUUCAGCAAAACACCAGGACUUCGCCGGAUAUACGUUGACCUCCCAGGCAUGGGCACGACACCUGCCAAUGAUAUCAAGAAUUUGCAUGAUAUAUUCCUUCGUCUGGUGCAUUUCAUUGAUUCCCGACUUGGCAAGUCACGAUUCUUACUUGUCGGCUCAUCAUGUGGUGGCUAUCUCGCACGUGCGAUAGCUCAAAGGUAUAUCGAGCAGGUCGAUGGUUUGCUACUACGUGUACCGCUUAUCGAGCCAAAGGACAGCAUGCGUGACCUUGAUGCUUUCAAACCUUUGGUUGCGAAUGAGCAACUCAUGUCCAGCAUGUCAGCCGAAGAGAGGACACUUCUUGGGAACGUUCUUGUUCAAACGCCUGCUUACGUUGAAACGUUGAAAGCAAAAUGUGAGGAAAUUUGGCUUCCAGCGGUGAGAGCAGCCGACGAUACAGUGUUAGGUCCAAUCCGAGCAGAUCCAAGUCGAUACCAGUUACCUCUUUCAUUGGACGAUGAAAAUGCUAAGUUCUUUGCACCCACUCUUAUUCUAUGUGGUCGACAAGAUGAGAGCGUGGGCUAUCGGGAUAGCCUUCGCUUGUUGGAACUCUAUCCGCGAUCAACCUAUGUUGUACUAGACCGCGGUACACAUGGUCUUCCUAUCGAUGAGACCGGUGUUUUUGGAGCUCUUGUUUGUGAUUGGAUAACUCGCGUUGAGGAAUGGCGAGCUUGCACGGACAGAUAG